ACUGUUUAGUGCUGUGACACAAAUAGCGCUUUGUGUUGGUCGAAUGCACUUAUUUUCAUUUUAUUUAAAGCAUCAAAAACGAAGUAGAGAAAUUACUUUAGAGUCACAUUAAUGUCGAUUGUUCUUCGUCACAGCGUGGAACGGAAGCAUACCUACACUGCCAAGUUUAAAGCUUUCUGCACGUUUUUUUUCCUUCCUACUUGCAGUGUGUUUCACUCCCAUCAACUUGAGCCACUAUGGAAAGCGUGGAGGAGAAGUUCAGAUGUCUGUCUAUUGCUCGACGGGCUAAGUCGGAGGAGUCCAUGUAUAUUUUGGAUGUUGCACAGUCAACUGGCCUGCUGGCGGUAUCCUGCUCCGACUUCACCAUUCACAUUCAUGAUAAAAACAGGCUGAACCUGGUGGGAGAAUAUCGCGGCCACAGGCGGCGAAUUUGUGGAAUUGCUUUUGACCACACAUCCCCUAACCUCCUCUUUUCUGGAUCUGCUGAUGGGACAGUUCGGGCAUGGGAUCUCCGGCAGCCGUGGACAGAUGCAGUUAUGCAGUUCAUGAGUGACCAACAGUUCCGCUACUGCAGCUUUGACCUGAACUGCAGCAGCACGCUCCUCUGCGCUGGAACUCAGCGGGUCAAUGGUGAGGACAGUUUUCUGAUUUUCUGGGAUGUGAGGCAAGGAGGUGGAGUUCUUGGGGCGUAUUCUGAGUCUCAUAGUGACGACAUCACCCAUGUGCAUUUUCACCCUCAGGAUGAAGACCGCAUGGCUUCCGGCUCCACAGACGGCCUGGUCAAUGUUUUCGACCUGAGCCAAACAACAGAGGAGCAGGCGCUGCAGGUCACUUGUAACAGUAACUCCUCUACCAGCUCGGUUUGCUGGUCUGGAGCGGAUUACAACCAGCUGCUGUGCCUCGGUCAUGACGAAAGCCUCCACCUGUGGGACCUGAGUCACCUGGACACAAACGAGCCACUUACAGUUUUCAGUGCAUCGGAUGCUCGCAGUCUGACUCUGCUUGCUGAUGGGAGUGGUGUGGAAUAUCUGGUCGGGGGAAGCUGGCUGGAGAAGGCCCAGAAGCUGCUGGUGGUCGGUGGGAAGAACAGCGGGGACCUCCACCUGAUGGAGUGUGACAGCAGUGGCCUUCGUCUGUUGAGCAGCCUCGAAGGUGGUCACUCCUCCACAGUACGCUGCUUCUUGUGGGAUGAGGUGCGGGAGGCUCUUGUAACUGGAGGGGAGGAUGCUCAGUUGCUACUAUGGAAACCAGGUGGAGAGGCACUCACAGUGAAUAAGAGGGAGUCCUUGAAGAGUGAAUCGGCUUUGAAACUUGAAUCCAGGCCACAUAAAAAACCUGAUUACCAAAGGGAAAAGAAAACGGCGUAGUUAUGAGACUGAUUGAAAACAUCCAGGAACAUACAAUAUGAGUCAACAAAAUCCUGUCUGCAAAAUGUAUCACCUGUGAUUUUGUCAUGUUUUUACAAUUUGGUCUAGUUUGCUAAAAUAUUAACAAAUGUGGAAUGUUUUGGCUGUAGUAUUCACUUACCCGGUCACCCAUCCAAUCCUACACUUUACCCAGAACUUGGACUCUCACUUGAGAGCGUGUUUGUGCUCAGAGACACUGGGACAUUAUUGACAGUCGAUGUGUGUCUGUAAUGCAAGAAAAUAUAUGCAGAGAUGAGAUCUUUAAAAGAAAAAAAUGUUCACACAAACAUGAAAAUGUGAGUAAUUCCUCCUGAGGAUUCUCCUGGAUCAAAAAGUUUGUUGAUCCAAACAAG